AUGAUUACCAUUGUGAUUCCGCUGUUGAGCGCCGCCGCAAUCUACCUUUACCAUGUCAAUACGGCCAUGAAACGGGUUCCUGAGGCCGCGCGGCAAUCCUCACCUCGCCGAUGGACCGUUGACGAGGUCAAAGCUGCCUAUGACAAGAGCUUGAAAGCACCUAUUGAUAUAAUUCAAAGCCUCCCUCCGAAGCAGUCACGCCGGUAUGUGGUGGUGGGUGGAUCCGGUCUUGUGGGGGGUUGGAUUGUCUCGCAUCUUCUUGCCCGGGGCGAGGACCCGGCGUCAUUGCGUGUGUUGGAUCUACUCUCGCCCACCGCGGAAAUUCUCGACCAAGGCGUGGAGUAUGUGAAGACUAACAUCGCCGAUGAGCUGGACGUAUCUGCCGCAUUCGAAAAACCCUGGGCAGAAUCAGUUGCCCAUCUUCCAUUGACUGUCUUUCACACAGCCGCAACCAUCCGCCCAUUCGAACGCCAGGAGAUCUACAUUGAACGGUGCGCUAAGGUCAAUAUCGGCGGCACCAAGAAUGUCCUCAAUGCCGCGAGGAAAGCCGGUGCCUCGUGCUUUAUCUCGACCUCUUCGGGUUCCGUGUCUCUGCACAAGCCUAACUUCUGGAUCGCUCCCUGGAAAAAGCUGCCCGAGCACGCAAUGCAAGUCAUGAGCGAUGAUGCGAAGCUGCCCCAGCACCACAACGAAUUCUUUGGCAACUAUGCCGUGACUAAGAUCGAGGCCGAGCGCAUAGUCCGUGCAGCGGACGACCCGAGUGCUGGCUUCCGAACCGGUUGUAUCAGACCUGCUAACGGAAUCUACGGCAUUGGAAGCGAAGUUAGCAACACCUUGACCGGCUUGUAUCUUCGCAACGGUGGCAGCCCAACCUGGGCCCGCCCCAUCAUCCAAAGCUUCGUCAACGCGGAGAACGUCUCCAUUGCGCAUCUGCUCUACGAGCAGCGCCUUCUCGAGCAGUCUCAGCCAAACAGCACACUCCCCAAUACCGGCGGCCAGGCAUUUGUCGUGACGGACCCGAACCCAGCCAUCUCCUUCGACGAUGUGUACACGUUGCUCACCACCCUUGCCACCACGCCCAUCGCCUUCCCAGCCGUGCAGCCCGUCCCACUGCUGCUGUUGGCCUAUGCUGUUGAGUUUUAUGUUUAUGUCCAGCAUGUGUAUCUGCCGUGGCUGCUGCCUGCACUGACGGGGGAUAUUCUGCAGAUCCAGCCAUCCCUGUUUGCCAUCUUGGAUGUAUUUUGCAUUGCAGAUGACUCGCGGGCCCGGCGGAGUCCUGCGGAGGGCGGGCUUGGGUAUAAGGCGCCGCUGACGACGCUGGAUGCGAUGUGUAAGGAGCUGGUGGAUUGGAAUGCGAAAGCGCUGGCGAAGAAGAGCGCCCCGGUCGAGCCGGUGAAUGGGGUUGUGAAAGUGGGAGAGGACGGGGUGGACGUGCAGUUUGUGGCACCGGAGAAGAUUUAA